AUGCACGGCAGGUACAGCUUUGGGUGGAGCGAGGGCAAGGAGUCGGUGGAGGCAGGCAGGAGGGACUCACUCAAGGCGUCCUUCUAUGCCAACCCGCUCACUGACACGCCCACCACCGAUCUCGAGCUUAUACGCAGGUUCCCCACCUACUGUCGCCCCAACGUAUGGCCCUCCCAAGACCUCCCGGAGCUGGAACCAGCCUUCAAGGUGCUGGGGCGGAUGAUAGUGGACGUUGGCAAGCAGCUGCUGCAACACUGUGAUGCCGACGGCCUGACGAGGGCGCAGUUCUGGAGGGGAGGGGAGGCGGUGGAGGGCAGCGACCUGGACCCCUCGUGUGGCCUCUACAUCCGAACCAGGGACGGGCAGAUUGUGCAGGCGCGCAUACCAGAGGGGUGCAUAGCGUUUCAAGUGGGUCACGCCAUGUCCAUCCAGUCGGGGGGACUUCUAGCUGCCACGCCCCACUGCGUUGCGCCACCCGCCCCGCCUCAUCACUCACAAAUUCUCUCCUCACACUCAGAUUGA